CUUCUACCAAAAAUUCGUUUUGUUGAAGAAUAUCGUCUAGAGGGAUCCAAAUCAACAACUAAACGAAUUCAUUCCAAACAUCAUCAAAAGCGGUUAUUAUCUGCUAUAAAACGUAAUGAUAUUGGACGUGUUACAGAUUUAUUAGAACAAGGUUUAGAUCCAAAUUUUCAAUAUCCAUCUAGUGGAGUUAUCCCAUUAGGUUGUGCAGCAGAAUUGACUGAUCCACGUGAAAUGAUAUUACAACUUGUUAAUGCUGGAGCACAUUUAGAUUAUCGUGAUUCAGAUACAAUGACUGCAUUACAUAGAGCUGCAAUCAAUGGAAAUUUAAAAGCUAUUGAGGUAUUUUUAGAAUUGGGACAAAAUCCUAAUGUACGUGAUAAAAAUGAUUUAACACCAUUAUAUUAUGCUUGUUCAGAAGAUAUUCAACCAGAAUGUAUACAGCGUUUAUUAUUUGAUCAUGCUAUACUUGGUGUAACCGAUGAUAAAGGUAGACAAGAAAUUCAUCAAGCUUGUUUAAAUGGUCGUAGUAAAACAUUAAAACAAUUAAUCAUUUAUGGAGCUGAUUUAAAUGCACAAGUUGAAAAUCAUAAUACACCAUUACAUUUAUGUGUAUUAGCUGAUGAAAUGGAUUGUUUAAAUUUAUUAUUACGUUAUGGUGCAUCACCAACAUUAGUUAAUUUAUCUGGACAAACUCCAUAUGAAUUAGCUAUACUUAUUGAACGAAUGAAUUUAGCAAAUAUUUUACAAAAUUUUGAUGAACAUUUAGUUGAGGGAAUUGAUCAAAAACCUGUAUACAAUAAAGAUAGACGACCGACAAUUCAUGGACCAAGAGCAGUGUAUGACAGUGUUCACUUACUUCAAUAUAAUCAUAAUAGUAACCAUAGUAACAGUAAUAAUAAUAACAAUAAUAAUAAUGAUAACACAAUAAGUACACGUAAACUAAGUAAACCAAUGUCAAUAGACAGAGAAUUACCUCCAACUCUUUAUCAAAGAUGUUUAUCAUUUGACAUGAAUGAUUUAAGACAACUUACACCAAAACGAAUCAAUCAAUAUGUAUUUCAUAAUAAUAAAAUUGAAUCUCGAACACCAGAUAUAGUUAGACGUAAUAAUGUUGAUAAAAAGGAAGCUACUAUUAAUAAUAACAGACCAUUAUUACCUAUUCGACGACAAAUGACAUAUAGUAAUGAUAAUGAUCAUUGUGGAGGAACGAUUUAUAAUGAUAAUAAUUCACAAGAUAUUCUCAAAUUUCCUCGACGAUUAAAUUUCUUAAGACAACGUUAUCCAAACUAUCGUAUACGUUCAAUCAUUUUGGAACGUGGAAUAACUGGUUACGGUUUUAUUAUGCAAGGAUCAGAUAAUUUUAAAGAACGAUCAUUUAUUGCUAACAAUUUACCCAGUCAAAGGAUUUUGAGCGUUCAACCAAAUAGUAAAGCGGAAAAAGCUGGACUUGUACCAGGCGAUUAUAUACUUGAGAUUAAUGGUAUGGAUGUUUAUGAUGCAACGCAUACACAAGUAGUUGAUUUGAUUACAACAACAAGAGAUAUGUUACAAUUAAAAAUUAUCAACUUUCAACAGUUGCCAGAAAUUCAGUCGAGACUUAUUAACAGUAAUCAUAGUAAUAGUGAUAAUAAUACUACUACUAAUAAUAGUACUAUUACUAACACAAAUCUCAACUACAGUAAUAACAAUAUUAGAAUAAUGCAUCGAACUAGUUUUUUACGUGCUGAUCUUAGACGACGUAAUACACAACGUUCUACAAGUGUUGAUAUGGCAUGGAAUACUCGACAGCUUAGUAUUGAUAAUAAUACAAUGGAUAAUAAUCAUAACAUUACUACUACUACUACUACUACUACUACUACUACUAAUAAUAAUAAUAAUAAUAAUAAUAAUAAUAAUAAUAACUAUCGUCGAUCCAUUCAAUCACUGAAUAUUAGUAAAACUAAUUAUUUAGAAAGAAAAUCUCAAUCAGCUGUUUUAAUCAUUAAAGAUGAAACUGAACAGUUGAAAGAUUCAUCAAGAACAACGACGACGACAACAACAACACAACCACUGUCAACAACAUUAUCAUCAUCAUCAUCAUUAUUAUCGCCAUCAAUUUCAUCAUCAUCAUUAUCACCACAUAUCAAUAAUACAUAUGCUGAUAUUACUAAUUUCAAUGAUAGUAGUAAUUAUAAUAAUCAACUUGAAUGUCACAUAUCAAAAUCAUCAAAUUUAUUGUUAUCAAAUGAAUUGAAAAACUCUGAACUUGAUCGAUCAGCAACAACACCAACAAUAACAACUUUACAUAAUGAAUUAACUAAUAGACAAGAUAAGUAUAAAUUCACUAUGAAAUCAUUAUCAUCUUUAACAACAACAACAACAACAACAUCACCAACAACAACAACAACAACAACACAACAACAACAAUAA